CAUUAUCCACUUCUCUCUGUGGCGCGUGAUCACGCGUCUGCGAAUCCUCAUCCGAUUUCUCCCGAAUUCUACGCGGUCUAUACCAAGAGUGUUAAUCUUUCUUUCCUUGACUCGCAGAGAAAAAUGGCGGAGACGAAGAGCGUGGGCGUGGUGGGUAGCGGCCAGAUGGGUUCAGGGAUCGCGCAACUUGCAGCCACUUACGGCCUUCAUGUAUGGCUCGUAGACACUGAUUCCGACGCGCUCUCCAGAGCCACCACCGCCAUCUCCUCCUCCAUCCAACGCUUCGUCUCUAAACGACUACUCUCCGAGGCAGCUGGUGCUGAUGCCUUGGCUCGCAUACAUUUCACCACAAAUCUGCAAGAACUUUCUUCUGUGGAUUUUAUUGUUGAAGCCAUUAUUGAGAGCGAAGAUGUAAAGAAAAAGUUGUUUACUGAACUAGAUAAGAUAGCAAAGAAGUCUGCCAUUUUGGCAUCCAAUACAAGUUCCAUAUCCAUCACUCGUCUAGCAUCAUCAACAACCAGACCUCACAAGGUGAUUGGCAUGCAUUUCAUGAAUCCUCCUCCAAUAAUGAAGCUGGUUGAGAUUGUGAGAGGUGCAGAUACAUCAGAUGAGACAUUUUAUGCCACUAAGGCCUUGGCAGAGAAGUUCAGGAAGACAAUAAUCUGCUCGCAGGACUAUGCUGGCUUCAUUGUGAACCGGAUAUUGAUGCCAAUGAUAAAUGAAGCAUUUUAUGCUCUUUAUACUGGUGUGGCAACUAAGGAAGACAUUGAUAUCGGAAUGAAGCUGGGUACAAACCAUCCAAUGGGUCCAUUGGAGCUUGCAGAUUUCAUUGGCUUGGAUGUUUGCUUAUCGAUAAUGAAAGUUCUCCAUGCUAAUCUUCAGGACAACAAAUACGCUCCCUGUCCUCUUCUUGUGCAAUAUGUUGAUGCUCGUCGUUUGGGACGAAAACAAGGUAUUGGGGUUUAUGACUAUCGGAAUCUCUCUCAAGAGGCAAAACCAUCAGCUCGACUUUGAAUUCUACCUUUAAAAAUCCCAAUCCGAUGUUUCAAAUACUGUAGAUAGCAAGAACACCUUCAAUAAUAGGAUAUGUAGCUAUCACAGAUACGUAGAAUGGAAAAUUAUGUCACUGCCACGUGCAUUGUCAUUGAACAGAUAUACUCUCUGUCCCCCAAUUAUUUAUUGACCAUUGGUUAUGAAUUCUAUCAUUCGACUUGGUUGAAGAUAA